AGCAACCCGACCCGACCCAAGCGAGUCAGCAGAGUCAACAACCCACCACCACCAUCCCGACCGGCGGAGAAGAAGGCCGGAGCCGAGCGAUUCCUAGAAGCUCACCUACCAGCUCACCUGAGGUUGGGUUGGGUUGGGUUGGGGAGGGCUCGCUUAGGUCUCAGCCCAGGGAUAGAUGGCCGCCGCGCCGGUCCUGGCGCUGCUGCUCCUGUCGGCGCUGGCGGAGGCCGCGGCCGGCGGUGAUAUCGUCCACCACGACGACGAGGCACCCAAGAUCCCCGGAUGCAACAACGAUUUCAUCCUGGUAAAAGUGCAAAGCUGGGUCAACGGCAAAGAGGGUGACGAGUUUGUUGGUGUUGGUGCUCGCUUUGGUCCCAAAAUCGUCUCCAAGGAGAAGCACGCAAACCGACCUAAGCUCACGCUCGCAGACCCUAUUGACUGCUGCUCUCCUCCAAAACACAAGGUUUCUGGAGAUGUUCUUCUAGUUCAAAGGGGCAAGUGCAAAUUCACAAAGAAAGCAAAGUUUGCUGAAGCUGCCGGUGCUUCUGCCAUAGUAAUCAUAAACCAUGUCCACGAACUGUACAAGAUGGUCUGUGAAAAGAACGAGACGGAUCUUGACAUACAUAUACCUGCAGUUCUCCUGCCAAAAGACGCAGGUUCUGCUUUACACACACUUCUUACAAGCGGUAACGCAGUUUCUGUGCAGCUGUACUCUCCAGACCGUCCCGUAGUCGACACUGCAGAGGUAUUUCUAUGGCUUAUGGCUGUGGGUACAGUCCUUGGUGCUUCAUACUGGUCCGCAUGGAGUGCUAGAGAAGCGGUUAUUGAACAAGAGAAGCUCCUGAAGGAUGGCCAUGAAGGCCUAUUGAAUGUUGAGGCUGGGGGUUCUACUGGCAUGGUAGACAUCAAUGUGGCAUCAGCGAUAAUGUUUGUGGUGGUUGCGUCAUGCUUCUUAAUAAUGCUUUACAAACUGAUGUCUUACUGGUUUGUGGAGCUACUAGUGGUAAUAUUCUGCAUCGGCGGUGUAGAGGGUCUGCAAACAUGCUUGGUGGCUCUGUUAUCAAGAUGGUUUAAACCUGCUGCAGAAUCUUUUGUGAAAGUACCAUUCAUUGGAGCUGUUUCACAUCUUACUCUGGCAGUUUCCCCAUUUUGCAUUGCGUUUGCUGUUCUAUGGGCUGUUUUCCGCCAAGCUUCCUUUGCUUGGAUUGGGCAAGAUAUUCUUGGUAUCGCACUGAUAGUUACGGUCAUCCAAAUUGUCAGAGUACCCAACCUCAAGGUGGGUUCGGUUCUUCUCAGCUGUGCCUUCCUGUAUGACAUCUUCUGGGUGUUUGUCUCCAAGAGGUGGUUUCAUGAGAGUGUGAUGAUUGUGGUUGCACGCGGUGAUAAGACUGACGAGGAUGGUGUGCCCAUGUUGCUAAAAAUUCCACGAAUGUUUGAUCCAUGGGGUGGAUACAGCAUCAUUGGCUUUGGUGAUAUCCUUCUUCCUGGGCUGCUAGUUGCUUUCGCACUAAGAUACGAUUUUGUUGCGAAGAAGAGCCUUCAGUCUGGUUAUUUUUUGUGGUCAAUGGUGGCCUAUGGUUCUGGACUUCUAAUCACAUAUGUUGCGCUGAACCUGAUGGAUGGGCAUGGGCAACCUGCGCUUCUGUACAUCGUGCCCUUCACACUCGGAACGCUGAUCGCGCUUGGGUGGAAGAGAGGGGAACUGCGGAACCUGUGGGUGAAGGGAGAGCCAGACAGAGUGUGCACGCAUAUGCAUCUGCCGCUGCUGCCGGCAAGCCCAAACUAAUUAUGCAUAUUCCGAGUAAGUUGGUUCCUGCUAAUUAUGGUAACUACUGUAGUAACUAAAUAUAUGCAUGGUCGAGAAAGUUGUAUUAAUUUGAUGGAGACACUUUACUGAUGUAUGUAUAUGUAUGUAUCGUUGCUUAUGCCCAAAUUGUAGGUCGUUUUAGCUUUUCUAAAUAUAUAGCUUUUGCUAUACACCAUGUCUAGAUACAUAGAAAAACUAUGUAUAAAAUGAUUUACAAUUUGACAUGCAGGGAGUAGCAGUUUGGCUCAUCAUGCAUGUCUGUUUGUUUUA